AUGACUAGUGUAAUACAACCAAAUGGGAAAAUAACUUGGUAUUUUGAUGACAUUCCUAAGGAAAUUGAAGGAACUGAGUGGGAAGCGACAAUCAACGCUUCAUUCAAAUGCGGAAAAAGUUUAUUACAUCAUGAAAUACCUGUUCCUGCAAAAUGGAUCAAAAGUGGCACGUUGGUGGAGUAUGAAGUCAUCGGAAAAAAUUGUUGGAACUUCAAUACAAGUGAAGCAUGCCAAGGAGUGACCACACCGAAUAUGAGAUGUAUUUGGUGUCUAAAAGUGAACAAAUGUAUAGAAAGUAAUGAUGAUAACACUCAUGGACUGAAAGUAAAUGACUGCCGUGUUGAGGUUGGUACUUCUUGAACUUCACAGGUCUUUUAAAGUAUCCUCAAAUUUCACAUUCCGAGCAAACGUUUUUACCAGAAAGAAAAUUUUAUUGCUAUCAUUAGGAACUGACAAGUAUUUCUCCGUCGUUGACCAACUUAAAGCUUUUUGUACAAUGAAGAUAUAUAAUCAAGUAUUGAAACAAUGCGUCUUUUUCGCGAAGUGCAAAGUCGAUCGAAACUUCACUCACCAAAAACGUUUGAAGGCGUUGACAUUUUUAAGCUCAUUGAAUGCUUCAUAAUUUCAAAACUCUGAAAAGAAUCCGUAGAUCUAUGUGAAUUAUCAAAAUAUAGCGAUGAGACCAGUUGAAACGAAGAAGUCUCAACUAAAAAUUAUUGUGCACGACGUUACAAUAAUUAGUGUGAGUUUGUAGACUACGAGUGCUACAGUCCAGAUUAACGAUUUCUCAUUCUCUAUCUAAAAAUGGGUAAUCUGAAUUGAUUGCUACAAUUAGG